AUGUUGCAUAAAUUAUUAUUGGCUUUGACUGCAAGUAUCACUUGCGUUACUGCUUGUAACCCAUUAACAGAAUCUGGAUGUCCCGCUGACCCUGCCCUUGCAGGAUCAUUCAAAGAAGACUUUACUUCUGAAUCCAAGUACUUCCUGGUGGUCAACUCCAAAGGUGUAUCAUAUACCGAUGAUGGCCUUGCAUUAACUAUUGCAGAACGUUUUGAUAAUCCUUCACUUAAAUCGAACUUUUACAUCAUGUUCGGUAAAGUUGAGGUUGUCCUUCAAGCUGCUCAAGGACAGGGUAUCAUCUCGUCAUUCUACUUACAAAGUGACGAUUUGGACGAAGUUGAUAUAGAAUUGUUUGGUACCGACACCACUCAAUUCCAGUCAAAUUUCUUCGCCAAGGGAUACACAGGUAACUACGAUCGUGGUCAGUAUAUAACUACUUCUUCCGAUCCUACACAAAAUUUUCACACUUAUACUCUUGAGUGGACAAAGGACUCAUUAAUUUGGUCAUUGGACGGCCUGGUUGUUAGAACUUUGCUUUCUACUGAUCCAAAGGGGUUCCCUCAAUCUCCAAUGUACAUUAUGAUGGGAGAUUGGGCAGGUGGUGAUUCAACUAACGCUCCAGGUACUAUCGAGUGGGCAGGUGGUGCCACUGACUAUUCGCAGGCUCCAUUCACGAUGUACAUUAAGAGUGUCAUUGUUGCUGAUUAUUCUACUGGAAGCGAAUACUCCUACGGAGAUACUUCUGGUUCUUGGGAAUCAAUUGUUGCAAAAGGUGGUUCAGUCAAUGGAAGGCAAUCACAAGCUGAUUCUGAUUUUGCUUCUUUGCAAGGUGGUGAGUCUGUUUCAGAAGCUACAGUUAAUUCAGUCAGCGCUUCAGAAUCAUCAACCGCUGCUGCUACAGCUUCCAGUUCUGUCUCAGCUUCUUCUUCAGCUUCUGGCUCUGGUACUGUCUCUGCAACUAGCACCUUUAUUAGCUCAGCUGCUAGCUCUCUUGGUGGAUCGUCUUUGGUGAUUGCAUCAGGUUCUUCAAAUUCCGUUUUAACUGGAAAUGCUGCUUCAACAAUUGCUUCCGUAUCAAAAGCAUCAGCAUCGACUAUUUUAGUAUCUGCUUCUGCCACUCAAGUUUCAACCAUUGCCACUGGUUCUCCAAUUACUACUGUUGUUUCUGGCUCUGUUGUUACUUCAACUCCAGUUACUGUUCAGACCGUAGCUACUGAAGUAGCAGUUUCCGCUACAGCUGGUGAAGAAUCUGCCACUAUUACAGCCACAGCAUUUGGCGGAAAUGGUGGUAUUCAACCGAGUACACUUGCCACUGUUGUUACAGGCAAGUCUACCGAAUCUGCUGCUAGUGGUACUACCACUGGCUUAUCUGCAUCUGCUACAGGUCUCAUUGCAUCCGUCACAUCGGCCAACCUGGGUGCAUCUAAUGGGGUUUCGACUUCAUUAGCAAUAGUAUUCGCUGUUUGCGGAUACUUCUUCCUUUAG